ACAGCUAUUUCAGCGCAACUUUUGCCUUUACACAGCUGCAGCUGGACAUAUUUUAAUCUUUUAUGGCAGCUAAACCAGCGGAGACAACGCCUGCUCUCUACUAGGAUAAAUAAUGUAGUUUGGUUAUUUGUUUAUCAGGUGUGACAGACGACUCUCUGGAAAGACCACCGGCUACUUCUUUGAUUCGUCUCUGAGAUCAAGAACUUUAAACUUGCCGAAAUGGAUGAACAAAGUGUCGAGAGCAUCGCCGAGGUGUUCCGCUGCUUCAUCUGCAUGGAGAAACUGAGGGAUGCUCGUCUCUGCCCACACUGCUCCAAACUCUGCUGCUUCAGCUGCAUACGGCGGUGGCUGACCGAGCAGAGGGCCCAGUGUCCACACUGUCGGGCUCCGCUCCAGCUGAGGGAGCUGGUCAACUGUCGCUGGGCAGAGGAGGUCACCCAGCAGCUGGACACCCUGCAGCUCUGCAACCUCACAAAGCAUGAGGACAACGACAAGGACAAAUGUGAGAACCACCAUGAGAAGCUGAGUGUUUUCUGCUGGACCUGUAAGAAGUGCAUCUGUCACCAGUGUGCUCUGUGGGGGGGCAUGCAUGGCGGCCACACCUUCAAGCCUCUGGUGGAGAUCUACGAGCAGCACGUGACCAAAGUGAAGGAUGAGGUCGCCAAGCUCCGCCGCCGCCUCAUGGAGCUCAUCAGUCUGGUGCAGGAAGUGGAGAGGAACGUGGAGGCUGUCAGGGGAGCGAAGGACGAGAGGGUCAGAGAAAUCCGAAACGCUGUGGAAAUGAUGAUCGCUCGUCUGGACAACCAGCUCAAGAACAAACUCAUCACCCUCAUGGGCCAGAAGACGUCCUUGACCCAGGAGACGGAGCUGCUGGAGUCUCUCCUGCAGGAGGUGGAGCAUCAGCUUCACUCCUGCAGUAAGAGUGAACUGAUCUCCAAGAGUCCAGAGAUCCUGCUCAUGUUCCAGCAGGUCCAUCGGAAACCCAUGCAGUCCUUCGUCACCACGCCGGUCCCUCCGGACUUCACCAGUGAGCUGGUCCCCGCCUACGACUCCAGCACUUUUGUUCUGGUCAACUUCAGCACCUUGAGGCAGCGUGCUGACCCGGUCUACAGCCCUCCUCUCCAGAUAUCCGGGCUCUGCUGGAGACUCAAAGUCUACCCAGACGGUAACGGGGUGGUCCGUGGAAACUACCUGUCUGUGUUCUUGGAGCUGUCAGCUGGUCUCCCUGAAACAUCAAAGUACGAGUACCGUGUGGAGAUGGUCCAUCAGGCCUCCAGUGACCCGACCAAGAACAUCAUUCGGGAGUUUGCCUCGGACUUUGAGGUCGGUGAAUGCUGGGGCUACAACCGCUUCUUCAGACUGGAUCUUCUGGCCAGCGAGGGCUACCUGAACAUGCAGACGGACACACUGGUCCUCCGCUACCAGGUUCGCUCGCCCACCUUCUUCCAGAAGUGCAGAGAUCAGUACUGGUACAUCAGCCAGAUGGAGUCGGCCCAGAGCGGCUACAUCCAGCAGAUCAACAACCUCAAAGAGAGGUUGGCCAUCGAGCUGUUUCGCCGUCAGACGUCGCGCAGCUCCUCUCCCCCCGACCUGAGGCUCUCUGCAGGCACCACGGCGUCUGAAAGAGACCCUCGCUCAGUGAAGAGCGACGACGACAUCCAGACCACUUUGACCAACGUUAAAAAAGGCGAAGAAGAAGAGAGGACGCAGCACGAUGACUCUAACGAGCUGUCGGACGGUGACCUGGAGGUGGACUGUCUGACCGAGGAGGAGGUGAACCCGCUGGAUGGCAGCAGCACCUCGGGGAGCUCCACGGCCACCAGCAACACGGAGGAGAACGACAUCGAUGAGGAGACCAUGUCGGGGGAGAAUGAUGUAGACUUCAUUGGGAAUCUGGAGACAGAAGAAGGAGAACUUCCUGAUGACUUGGUUGGAGCAGCAGGUGGAUCCAGCUGCAGCCUGCGGUCCUUACAUCGCAGUGCCGGUCGUAGUGGCAGCAGCAGUGGAGCUGUGGCGGGUGGUGCUGGCAGUAACAGCCUCCUGGAGAUCGACCCGGUGAUCCUGAUCCAGCUGCUGGACCUGAAGGAGCGCAGCGUGGAGUCUCUGUGGGGCCUCCAGCCUCGGCCUCCUGUGUCUCUGCUGCACAGCCAAGCUCACACUCACUCCAGGAAAGACCGAGAGCGGCGGCCUCAGGUGGUGCGGCGAUCGGCUCCAGACUCGGGGGUCCUGAUCCGCCUCAAGGCUCAGAUGGCUGAGGUCCGCAGCAAGAUGUCUGACGUCAAGAGUCAAGUGCUGGAGGCUCGGGGGAACGGAGAGCCCAGGCCUGGCUCCUCAGGGGGCUUCAGUGUGGAGGAGGUAACCUCUCACCACGCCGAUUCAGAGAUGUCAGCUUGUCGUAAGCCCGGCGAGCUGGACCUGCUGGGGAGAGCAGCUGCGGCUCGGUCCAGGCCCUGCCGCCCUGCCAGGAAAUCUCUGUCUCCUGUCCUGGACAGCAGCAGCUCUCUGGUGAUGAAGACGAGUCCAGAGGAGAUGGAGAAGGAGCUGCGAGGAGCUGACGUAGCCACAGAGCUCAGCCUGCAUCUUAAAGAGGGGCUGGGAGGUGUAGAGGGAGCGCUGAAGGCUGACUACACCCAGGGCCCCCUCGUGUCUCUCGGCAGCUCCUCGUCAGAGCAGGCCUCCACCUCCAAGCAGCAGUACUCGGUGGUGGAGCAGCUGUACGGGGCCUCGGGGGCCAGGGACGAAAUCUUCUCCUUGGGAGGACCAAGCUACAUGACUGCCAGCAAGAACUGUGGCAGUAGGACCCUCGGGGCGGCCAUGUUGGACUGUGAAUCUGAAAGCUCAGGAAACUCCCAUCACUCCCUGCUGGAGGGCCCCUCCGCACAGCUGCAGUCGAAUGAAGAUAAGUCUCCGUCUGUGCUGGUGGCAGCAACAAGCAGCGACAGCGACUCUGAGGACGAAGCGCUGCAGAGCAACAACUCUCACUACGACAACCAGACUCCUCCCUGCCCAGGAGAGCAGCUUCUGUCUGAUGACUUGAGUCUUCCUGCUGACAGGUGAUUCCCUCUGAAACUGCUUUAUCCUGACGCCAUAGCGGCCCGGAGACGACACACACACACACACACACACACACACACACACACACACACACACACACACACACACACCUGUAGAGUAGAAACCGCUUGUUGUGCAUGAUGUCAAACUGAAGACGAUUGCAACGACACGACUGCUUGUCCAGAAACAUUUCUCUUGGUGUCCUGAAUAUUUUAAGAAUUGGACCAUGACCGGGAUAAUAAUAUAAUAUAUAAUAAUGACGGCCAGUAAUGCAGGUGGUCGUGUCAACAGUUCAGGUGACAUCGUGUGUGUGUGUG